CUCGAAAUUGAGGUGCCACGGGCUAUUAACUUUCCGUUCAUCUUGGUCCUCUUCUUUUACCAUUUUUGUUAUUUUACCUCUAUUUUUUUCCCCCUCUUUUGCUUUUUCUCGAAAAGAGGUUUCCUUUUCUCUUUCCCUCUUCCUUGUGUUCACCAUCACCGGGCCAAGCGUGCCCUUUUCGCGUCCCGAUCGUUUUAUACACGCUUAAGUUUCCAUUGCCAACCUAUUCUUUCUUUCUUUUUUUUUUCUUGUUUCUUUUGCCCCAUUCCAUCGUAUGCAUAAGCCAUGAGCUCGGAUACGAAACUUAUCCUGAGCCUCGUCAAUAGAAUCUCUGUUCGGCUUCCGAGCAACAGUGGAAAGAAACUUGAUUCACUCGAAAACGAUCCUUUGGUACAACAAACAGUUGCUGCUUUAAUCGAGCUGUCAAAGUUUCGUCUCCCUACGAUUGCUGGCACGCUGGCUACGCUCCUGGAGAACGUUUCCAAAACCUCAUCACUUGCUGCCAGCGACGAAUACAUACCCUUCGAUGUGCUGCAAUCGCAGUUAUUCUUGUUACGCAUGCUGUCGGCAUGUAUGCAACAUCACUGGCAGUUCAUCCGCGAAAAAAGUGAACCCAGCAACAAGACAGCGUCGGUUCACCGAGAAGGAUCGAUUCGCAGUAAUCAUUCCGCGGGGUCGCAGCAGAGUAAAUUUUCCAUUGACAGCAAUAUGCCUACCGAUCUGGAAGAUCCGCCCCCAUUAGACGAUAAUCUAGCCAAAAUACUCGUAUCGCUGAUGGCUCGGUUCAUGCAUCAAAUGUCCGUCAUGGAAGAGCGAGAACAUGGGUCCUCUACCAAUCAUGUCACCAGUAUCACACGCACCGAAUACUAUACCUCCACCAGUGUUGCCGCUUCUUCCAGCGACAUCAUUGUCGACAUUUACAAAGCGGCAAGUCGCGUCGUCUUUUAUGUCAGUGCGAGCAAUUGGCCGAUUACGUUCGCCAAAAUCCAUACCCGUAUUCUGUACCUUUCUUCGACCAUGGAUGAAAACCCAGAGACCUCUGAUAUGCGCCUGCUCGAAUGCUGUGCUCUCAAUGCCAAACGACUGAGCAUGAUACUUUCAGAUCUUUGUUCCACCUUUUUGCAUUUGAAAAAGUCGGCGCAGCUGGUGAUUGCAGUGAUUUUGCGUAAAGCGAUUUGGGGAUGGAUUGAAACGUACCCGAGCGAGUUUUUGCAGUUGUGUCAUUCUCAGAAACGAUUGGAUGGAGGACCCGAAGUCUUUUUUGACAUGUGCAAUUCCUUAGCCGACACCACACGAAAGAAAGCCAUUCUCUGGCCAUUACAAAUCCUUCUGCUUAUUCUGUGUCCCGAUCUGCUACUUCAAUCCGCCGUCUCUGAAAGUAAAGGCAUUAGCACCAAAAAGACCAUGUUCCUCACCGCACUUCGAAAAUCACUGAAAGGAGGAAGAAUGGCCGAACUCUCAGCGAUUUGUUAUGUGGAUAUCUGCAAAGCUGCUACUUACGUUUCGAAAAGCGACAUGUCGGCUCUGCGUCACAUUGUGCCUGAUAUAGAGAACGAACUCAAAGAUAAACUGUUCGAUAUCGACAAGCCGUUGAUUGCUGAUACCUUGAUGGGAAGUUUGGGCAUUAUCAUAGACCAUCGUUGUUUGCUAGCCGAUUGCUUGGUGGCCAUGUUCCGAUUGAAUCCACGCAAUGUCUUGCGCAGCUUGUUUCCUACCUGCUUGAGCGAUCGUGCGCCGAUGCUAUUCAAGUUGAGUAUGGUCAAAGCGUGUCUGGCCAUCGCCUCGGAAGAAAACAAGUUGCCCUGGAAUCCUUCGGUCUGUCAACUCUAUGAUACUGUCUGCGGGCAGCUCCGCAAACUGUUUCUUACUUACACCGGACGUGAAGCGGCUCGAUCCGAUCUCAGCUCUUUAAGCACCACCAGCAGUAGCCGCAAAACCAUUAUUGGCGCCAAUAAUGAUAAAAAAUCGAAAAAGGACCAGCGUCCCGAUGCCAGCAAUGAUCGCAUCGAACUUGUUUUGGAUAUGCUUCGACUGUAUCAAACCGAUCCCAAAAUGGCCAUCGCUGGUGAGAACGAAAAUCGAUUCGAACAAAAUGCGGCCGUCAUGGUUGCCAUCACCAACUGCCUCCGUGAAAAUAAUGCGAAUAUCCGUGAUGCGGCCGCUGAAUGCUUGUACAAGCUACAUGCCCCUCAUUACAUCAUGGAAUGGGCCGCUCCAGACAGAGUUAUGGAAGCUUUCUGGAAAAUCUCGUCCCAAGUCCUCUUUACGUUGGCCAAGCAAAUGCUCGAUAAUCGUGAACGCGAUGACGGUUUAAAAAAAUUAUUGGAUCUGCUGAAAAAGCUUCUCAUGGCAAGGAACGACUUCUUGCGUAUUCAUCAGGAUAUUGCGAUGCAAGGAGCCGAUGUAAAAGAGCGAUUGCAAGCGUCCAUUGCUUUAGAAGUGGCGUUAUUGAUUCUUCUUUGCUCAUCGGACACCGAGAUAUGUUCCGCGGCUAUUGCUUGCUUUGGCCAAGUCUGCAUUGCGGUGCAAAUUUCAGACAGCAUUGAAGACCCUCAACAACAAGGUUUAACCAUAAUUGAAAACCUUCCCGUCUACAUCGAACUCAGUUCCAAUACCGGUAUUGUUACUGGCCGCAAAUCGCAGCAAAAACGGAUCCGUCGUUUAUUACGUAUGAUGACGCAUUAUGCACCGGGCAAUUUGGCAGCUUGGGAAGAAGCAUGGAAGCGCUGGAAGUAUAUGACGCCGGCCAUGUCGCGGUCGUUGGAAGAUCAGAAAGAAGAUAUCGUCGACAAUAGAAAAGGAGGCCAAACGUGGCAUGAUAAAUUACGCAACAAUAACAAUCUCGGCAGUUCCAAUUACGGUAGCAAUCGGCAGCCAAAUCUUAUCUCCAAUCGAGACGUCAACAGCUUGGAUGAUGACAAGUCGUCGGAAUGGCAGAAUUAUGCCGGUUUUCUAGCUGCUCUGGGUGGUAUUUGUCUUAUGGCCGAUGGUCCCCCGACGUCUCCUACGUCCCCUCGACAUACCGAUCCAGCACAACAUCGCCGCAUUUCCGCGCCAUCUGAAUCGGCCACCAUGGUAGAAAAAUUCGUCGCCGAAAUGGUGGAUCUGCUACUAUGUGAUAAUAUCAUUGUGCGUGAAUGGGUCAAGGAAAUCCUUGGUACCGAUCUGUCGCCUGCACUCUUCCCGAUCCUAUUCCGUCAACUGGAGAUGGUGCUUGGCAAGUGCUUCGGUCAAGAUGGCGAUGCGAUCUGCAGUUCACGUUACACACUCUUUGUCGAACAAGCCAUCAGUGUCCUGAAACUUGUGCUGGAUCGCAUGGAGGACUCGACAGACAACCUUGUCACCGUGGAUUUCGGUGGUCUGAUAAAUCAAUACGCCAAAUAUCUCAAUAAGCUUGGUAGUGGCCAAGUGGCGCUGAAAAUCAAGAUCAAGUUUUGCCAUCUUUGUGAAGUUCUGAUCGCCAAAAAGGACCGAGUCACCUUGCGUCAAGAGUUCAAACUGCGCAAUAAGCUCUUGGAGAUUAUUGUGGAAUGGACAAGUGACUUUUCUUUGAAAUCCGAUACCUCAACUGCGUAUACGACUGCUUAUGACUCACAUCAAAGCGAAAAGUUGCAUCGUGAUCUUGAUCUGGCGUGUUUGAAAACUAUCGUGGGUCUCCUUCAUCAAUUGCCUCUGCAGCCAUCCGACCCUGUCCAAGAAAUCGAUGCGGCUCAAGUCAAAAGUCGAAUCUUUUACAAGUAUUUCACCUUUUUCCUCAAAUUACUGAAUCGGUGCCGUAUUUCCGAGACCGAACCAGAUACUCAUUCGACGCGCAGUGGGGAAUUAACCAUGGUGAAUAAGAAUAAAGAAACGUCGACGUAUUUGGCCCCGCUGAAGGAUUGCACUAUUCUCGCCAUGUCCAACUUGCUCAGCGCCAACGUGGAUGCCGGCCUAAAAUACUCGCUCUCGAUGGGUUACCACGAAGACACGCGUAUGCGCACGGCAUUUAUGCAGGUUUUGACCAAUAUUCUAAACCAAGGCACCGAAUUUGAAACGCUUGCAGAAACCGUCAUGACCGAUCGUUACGAGAAAUUAGUUGAUAUGCUAGUUGAUUUCGAUAUUAACAUUGUAUUGUCGUUAUGCGAAGUAUGCCCGGCUUCUGACAUUGAUGAUGUAGCCAAUGCACUUUUGGCAUGCUUCGAAUCGCGAGACAAGUCGCUGGUACUACUCAAAGCUGUCAUUGAGAAAGAAGUGCAAAGUACUGACAGUGAAAGUGAAUUGUUUCGACGUACUACCAUUGCUACGCGAUUAUUGUCGGUCUUUGCCAAGAAUAACGGUUCCGAAUACGUUCAAUCCGUCCUUCAGCCUGUGUUUCAUAAGCUGGCUGAGAAACCGCCGGAAGAAAGGACAUUUGAAUUGGACUCUAGCAAAGUCGGUCCCGGAGAAGAUGUCGCAAGAAACAAGCAAAACGUUGUCAGUGCUACAGAAUUGUUCUUGAAUGCUAUUUGUGCAUCCGCAAGCAAAGCACCUCCAUGCUUCCGACAAGCGUGUCAUUGUAUUUUGACAUCAGUCCGCGAACGAUUCCCGGAGGCCAAAUAUACGGCGGUGGGUGCGUUUAUCUUUUUGCGCUUUUUUUGUCCUGCCAUUGUGUCUCCUGAAUCGGAAGGUCUGGUGAAAACCAAUGCGUCAGUGUCACGCGAUAUGCGUCGUGGGCAUUUGAUUGCGACCAAGGUGAUCCAGAAUCUGGCGAAUAACGUGUUGUUCGGUGCCAAGGAGACGUACAUGAUUGUCCUCAAUGAUUUCUUGACCGGCAACAUCUACAAAGUGACGCGAUUCUUGCGUGAAAUCUCGGACGUGCCUCCGGAGAUUGAAGAAGAAGUGCGGCCCAAUGUGCGCCCCAUGGACGAGAAAGACUACUCCACAUUGCAUCGUGUGCUUGCUGACAACAUGGAGCGUAUUUCCAGAGACUUAUCGGCGCACCGUUUACGUCAGUUCACGGAUCAAGAAUCGUUGACGGCAUGGAAACGAACGUUUGACAAAUUCUCCAACCUGCUUGCCCAGCUGGGUCGACCGCCAGAUAUCUCCAAGAAAGAGUUCAGUGCGUUGCGAAGUUACACAUUUGCCGCAGCCAACCAGUUGUACGCCGAAUUCAUGCGUCGUAACAGCCAUCGUAGCACGGAAUCGAUUUCAUCCAAAAACAUCUUUUAUGAAGGCGGGGUCUCGAAAGCCGGUCGUCCCAUCUUUUACUUUGUCGCACGCAACGUUAUCGCCGACAGUAUCGACUUUGAGUUACUCGUAUACUUUAUGCUACAGACAUUGGAACGAGCUACAAACAAAUCAUUUGAAGUAUUGAUUGAUUUGACCAUGUUCGAACCGAUGAACGAAAUACCCAAUCAAUGGAUCAGUCAAAUUCUUCAGCUACUUCCUUUUGACAUAUACGACAAUGUAGCCACGAUUCACAUCUAUAACCCGAAUUCGUAUCUUCGCAAAUACAUCAAAAAGUUACCCCGGCCGGUCACUCACAAGAUCAGUAAACGCAUCACUUUUGCAGUUACAUUGGCCGAACUUCAUGAACAUAUCCAUCCUUCUGAGAUCCGAUUAUUGAAAUCCACCAUGGCCUUGGAUACCGAGCCAAGUGCUGUGUUUUACCCGGUCAACCGCAUCUCGCAGUAUAAGAUCACUAUUCCCGUCACCGUCAAGGUCGGCGCUGAGUAUGUUCAGGUCAUGUCGGUGCGCAAGCAGGAGCUUUUGUAUGGCAUCAGUGCUGUCACCAACGAUGUGUAUCACAUAUCGGAGAUUGAAGAUAUCACGGUCAUCGGACAGCAUCCCGGUCGCAGCAACGAUAAUGCCCAUGAAUUUAGCUUCAAGUACAACAAAGGCAAAUCCCAGAUUAUGCUCUCUACACCCAAACGCGAUGCCAUUGUCAGUACGAUACGUCACAGCAAACGCCGUUAUGAUAUGGCCAAGCCCACCAGCAUAUCCGAGCGCACCAUUCGACCCAACGAUGUUCCUGGAAGACUGCUCAACAUGGCCUUGCUUAAUAUCGGCAGUGAUGAUCCGAAUCUUCGUCUAGCAGCAUAUAACCUGCUGUACGCGUUGAGCAUGACAUUCAAUUUUGACGUUGGCAAGCAACUUUUGGAUGCACGAGAUCUGUGUUUACCUGCCAACAGCACAGCCUUCAUUGUCAAUAUUAGCGAAAAGAUUGCGGUGGCUGAACCUUCCUUGACUCUAGAAUUCCUGAGUGAAUGCUUUGUGGGAUUUAACAAAUCCAAUGAAGCGCUUCGCUACCUGUGUCUCGAUUACAUGAUGCCGUGGCUGUCGAAUCUGGCUCUUUUUUGCCAUGGUACGACCGACGAGAACAACCUGGCGAAAACGAAGGAAAUUCUACGGCUACUGAUCGAUCUGACCGUGAAUCGCACCGACAUGUACAAAUUGGUGCAGACCAAAGUGUGGAAAACCGUGGGCAAGGUGGAUGAUAUUGUGAAUCUUGUGCUAGAAUCGUUUGUUCAGUAUUCGAACGAGCAUGGCGUGGGAUCGCCUCAAGCGGAAGCGAUGGCCGAUACUUUUGUGACGCUGUCGAAUAUCGCAGUUCGUGGCAAAGUGAUUACACGAUUGCGCAAAGUGUUGCAAAAGACGUCCUUCAAACCGACACGCACACUAACGGAGCAUUGGAUUUGGACAGAAAUUGCCGUGCUGAUCCGAUUUAUUCUCAUGUUGUCGUUCAACAACCGCGGACCGGUGAAAAGCUAUGUGCCUGAAAUUUUCCAUAUUGUCACGUUGGUGGUCGGUGUGGGUCCCACUCUGAUUCGGGCCUCCGUGCACGGUCUCGUCGUGAAUAUGAUCCAAUCCUUGUGUACCUCAAUGCCUCUGAAUGAUGCCAACGUCAAGAAACUGCAGCUAACCUUGAGCGAAUUGUCCGAUUCCAAAUGUCGACUUUUAUUCGGCCUCUUGAAGCCGCACGCGAAUGCGUUUACAUUGACACCCGAUACGAUGACGGACACCGCGGAGCCGUUGCAGUUAUUGUCGCUCGAGACGAUUGUGAAUAUUUUAUUGGAUGUGAUCAACUACGGGGCGCCUUCGGCUGAUAUGGCCAACGUAUGGCGAGCGCGAUGGAUGAGUCUAGUGGCAAGUACAGCGUUCCAAUUCAAUCCUGCUAUCCAGCCACGCGCAUUUGUGGUGCUGGGUUGCUUGGGUCGAGAAGAAGUGGACGACGAUUUACUGUAUCAGAUAUUGGUCGCUUUACGAGGCGCGGUAGCGAUUUUCAACGAAUCCAAUUCCAGCCUCGUGCUGAGCAUCAUGAUGUGUCUGAAGAAUAUGGUGGAAAGCUUGCCUGCGGACUCGCGAUACCUGUUACCGUUAUUCUGGGUAGCGGUGUCGCUGGUGGAGAUAAACGAUGGUGCGACAUUUACGAUGGCAAUCGAGUUGUUGCUUGGUAUUUUACGGGCGCUUGAUGCGAACGAAUAUUUCGGUGGUGAUACGAUCGUGGACGUGUUACUGGCUGCACGCGAACCGAUGGCGGAUAUAGCGGGACAGCUGGAUCAGCUGUGCGGAGUGAAUUUCGAGACGCAUUUCUCGUUUGCCAUGGCGAGUAUUUUCAUGAAAGGCUUAAAGUAUAACAACGCCAAAGGAAUGAUCUAUCAGGGAUUGACGACAUUCCUUGACAUUGAAUGCAAGCAUAAUUCGAACGAGAACAACUACAUCGAAUCACACAAGCUGGGUUACCUUGCUGGGCUACUACCUCUGGCAAUCAAAAAUGAAGCGUUGAAAGAAGUUCUUAGGAUGGCUGGGCUUUCUGAUCUGGAAUUGGAACCAUCUUUGGAAGGGUUGAGCAAGCCGUACUAUGGUAUCUUUGAUAAACUGGACAUACCCGAUAACACCACCGCGCUCCUCUUUAUUUCCAUGCUGAGCACUUUGCUGAACUCAGCUGAAAACGAAUCUGAACGACUCUUCCUUUACGGACUGUUGGCCGAAGCGGCCGUUUCCAUGCCGGAAGUAUUCCCGGUCGUUUAUGAUACGAUCCUUCCGAAAAUGCAUCAAAUUGUGAUGAGCAGCCAUACGCAACCAAUCAUUGAGUCGGUGAAAUCCAUUCUGCUCACAGCAUGUUCGGAUCCUGUUUUCGUGGAAGCGAAAAACAAGCGUAGUCAGAAAGCGCUAUUAGAAGAGGUCGGGUUCUCUGCACUGAACGAUCCAAACUUUGGUGCAGGCAGUAUCAAUGUACUUCAGAAUGCCAAGCUUGCAAGUGAAGUCAUUGAAAGAAUUAUCGGUUAGAUUUGUAUUUCCCUUACAUUUAUAGUUUUCCUUUUUUUUUCCUCUCGUUUUCCUUUAUUUUGCUUGCAUUUUUUUUUCUGUAAUAACUUUUGUUCUGUUAAUGUUUUUCUUACUUUGCCUCCUACUUCUUUCGACUCGGUUUGACUCUUUUUGGUGAUGGCGAUUGGUGAUGAACCUUGUCAGGAAAGCUAGAAGAUGAUUGGCUGAAGUACCUUCUUCUGUGCAUGAAACAGCAGCACAUGAUCACGCACAUCAGCUUAUAAUAAUAUGGCCAGAAGAAGGGAAAACCACCUGGA